AUGGUCGCAAUCAAGAACCUCGUCCUCUUCGUGGCAGCCGCUACCGCCUUGCCGGCAGCCAUCGAGAAGCGUGAUGCUUUCUCCUCCUUGCAAGAUGAUCUGGCCAAAAUUCACGAUAAGGCUGGCAAGAUUGUUAAGGAUAUGCCCUCGUGUGAUGGUGUUUUCUGUGCUAUGCGGUUGAAGGGGCAGGCGGAUGAUAUUAAAGAUUUGUUGGAGGAUGCUACCAAAGACAUCACCUCCGCCAGCAAAAGUUUCUCCGACUCCGAGUCAAAGAAGAUCGUAACAAUGCUUGAUGGUACGCUGGAGAAAGAUAUCACGGGCGUGCUGCAUGGGGUCGAGAGACAUGAGAAGCUGAAGGGGUUGAAGGGGUUGAAGGGGAGGGUUAAGCCUUAUCUGGAGGAUUUGAAGGUGGAUAUCAAGGAUUUCGGGGAUGCGUUGACGAAGAAAGUGUCGAAGGAUUCUGUCGAGAAGGUCAGGAAGGAGGUGGAUGAGAUGGAGGCUGAGGCGGAGCAGGCUAUUAAGGUGUACUCUGAAUGA